AUCUGAUUAAGGCCUCCAUCACACACCAACCAUCAGCAAGUUGCAACCCCCACCAGAAGCAGGUGCUUCUUCCUUCUCUUCUGUUCCUGUAAAUCCCCCUCAUCACUCUCAUCUUUCUCAUUUCGUGCCCGUUCCCGGACAACCAGCCCGAGAUCGGAACAACCCACCACCCACCACAUCACUACACCAUUUCAACAAAGACUGUGCGCCCCAAAACUUCACAGAGAUGUCCGCUUCAAGGACCAACCGCUCGAUGGUCCUCCUGUUCACCCUCGUGGUGGUGCUGGUGUUUGCGUCGCCCGCACAUGCAUUCGGCGCCGGCAACAUCGCCUCCAUCGCAAAGAUCGAAGGCCAGAACUUCCGUCAUGGAGAUAUCGAAGAUACGCUACAAAAGAUCGCAUUCCUGAAGGGCGGAAAAUGGACUGCGGCGCUGAUCCGGAGGGUCUACUUUGGUAACUGGCUGCGCGACUACUCGCAGGCGCUCGAUGUGGGAACGCUCAAGAGUGUGCCCAAGGAUACCAUCCGCUGCCUUAUCUGGGUCCUGUCGUUUCUCAGCUUUGGUUAUGCUACUGGGGAGUACGAAGUCACCGAGGAGCGGUUGGGUGUUUAUCGUCCCGAAGAACACAUCGACAACCCCAAGGACUACGCCGAUAAUCUGAAUGCGCAGGUGUACGACUCUCGUCUGCGCCCGGCUGUACACCCCAGCGAGCUCGCUAUCGAUCCUCUCACCGGUAUGAAGAACUAUAUCGCCAAUGAGACCGGCGGCUGGGCGACGUCGUCCGGCUACGUCAAGUUCUCGUUGACUCGGUGCAUCCACUUCGGAAGGAUGUACACCUCCGGCCCGCGAGGCCAGCAAGGACGCGAGGCAGACCUCUUUGAAGCUCUGCGGUGCUUGGGCCAGGCGCUGCACUGUCUGGAGGACUUCUCUGCCCACAGCAAUUACGUCGAGCUUGUGCUCCGGGAGAUGGGACACCGCGCGGUAUUCCCACAUGUGGGAGAGCGCACGGAGAUGGACAUCGGUGUUCCGCCUGGAUAUCCCGGUGGACGCAGGGCGUUCCCGCUGAUCACUGGUACCUUUGGUAGUGUCGACUUUGCGCACUCCGUGCUGGGAGAGGCGCAAGACAAGUUCUCGCAAACUGAGGUCGACGAGAUGGAUGUUGCGCUUGCCGAUGCUCACGAGGACCAGAAACGUGCGGAAAAGAGCGGGCAAGGUUCGGUUCUUAAGGAUCUGUUGAGACAGAUGACGAGUAUGGGAGUGAUGGGCGGCGAUACCGUGAAUGAUGUCGACCGCCUUGAGCAGCAAUCCGAUGCUCAGGAGAUGGCCAACAUGAAGAUCGAUAACUCCCGCCCUGCAUUCAACCCGCUCGAGACCAUGCACAAAAUCUAUCCUAUCCUCGAGUUCCGCGACAACAUCAUGCGCGCCAUCGAGGAGGCCAUCGAGAAGAUCCCCGGUCUCACGGCACUGGUCGAGACGAUCUCCGAUACUCUUUCCGUCUUCAUCCUCUCACUCCUGGCACCCUACAUCCGCCCGCUGAUUGCGCGUGCCUCGCUCGAGCUCAAGGAGGGCUCCUCAGCCGUCAUCGACUCCUCGGCGCAGCACCAAUACGAGCCCUGGACAGAUCCGUACUGCACCGACCCCACGCACUCCCUCCUCAGCAAGGACCACUUCAGCAACAAGCUGAACACGCCCGCCGGCGAGGUUGCCGCGGCCGUCGUACAGUUCUGCGUGCCGCGCGUGCUCCACGCCUGGGAGAACCCCGAAUUCCCGCUCGACGUCGUCCUCAACGACGUGGCGCGGGUCUUCCACCACCCAGCGCUCCGCGACCCCAACUGCGACAUCCAAGCCGGCAUGUUCCAGACCGUGGUGAAAUGGGCCGAGCACCUUCCCGACCGGGGCGCCAGUCUCAACGACGUCCUGGGCGCGGCCGGCGUGCGCGAGGGAAGGAACCACACCGGUGGAGUCUUUGGCGGGAAGUGUGGUGGCGGACAUGGAAAGAUGAAGGGCAGCGACUGGAGCAAGAUCGAUAAGCGGAAGAAGCCUAAGAAGGAUGGCAAGGGCUCGUCGAAACCGGGCAGUGGUUACUCGGCUAUCUCGGCGAUUCCGGGCGUCUCCCAGGGUAAGGGCGGGACUAUCAAGGUCGGCGGUGUCGUGCUGCCCGGUGUGCUCGGCGGCCUGCUCGAUGCGGGCCUGGCGGGUUUCCAAGAUGCCAGCGGCGGCGGUGGACAUCUCGGUGAGAAGAAGAAGGAUAAGUACAAAGAGGACAGGUACAAGGAGGGCAAAGACAAGGACAAGCGCUCCAAGUCCAAAGACCGCUACAAGGAGAAAGACGACAAGUCAUACAAAGACAAGGACAAGAAAGACAAAGACAAGGACAAGAAGGACAAGGACAAGAAAGACAAGAAGAAGGACAAGGACAAGUACUCGUCGUCGCGCGGCGGCGUGUACGAAGACGAGGGCGGCUACCUCCCCGUGCACCACCAAAGCGAGCGCUCCCUCUCCAGCGACGGCCGUCGCUCCGGCGAGGGCGACCGCCACCACCGCUCAGAGUCCAGAGAGCACCGUCGCAGCCACAGCAGGAGCCACGAGCAGUACGAGUACUCGGUUCGUCCCGUUAGCCGCGAGGGAGGGUACUACGAGCCGCAGUACGGAAGCGGACGUGUUCCGGGUGGGUUCGAGGCCGGAUACGAUAGUGGCGAGGAGCGCGAGCGCAGGGGCGAUAGGCAUAGGCAUGAGAAACAGAGGCAUGGUGGUAGCUCCGGCGGUGGUGGGUAUGAAGGCUCGGCCGGCGGGUAUUAUUAUGGGUAGAUGUUGAUGAGCUGGUGUUUAUUCUUGUACCUAUGAUACAUAUGUCGGGUCUGGGUUUUAGGGGUCUUUCUUUGGCAUGUUCGUGGCUUUUGACUGGUGGCGAAUUGAGAAUUGGUGCGGUUACUUGACUACAUACUUCACAAGUGGGUCACUGAUGAUCUCGGCGAGGAGAUAGAUACGUGC